GAAUGGUAGAUGUAAAUUUAGCUUUUAGGAGUUGAGCUCUGGUCGAGUUUGAUGUCGUAUCAAACGAGAAAAUUUACGAUAGAAUGACGUCAUUUGAAAGCAGAACGUCUUAAAAACAGAAAAUCGCAAUAAAAUUGCAUUUUCUCCACUCAUACGUGAAACUAAUGCAGAAUGACUUUACAACGAGUAGGGGAGAAGGCGUUGGUAGCAGUAAAGGCCACAGAACCAAUUCCAGGGCUGAGCAAAGAACAGAAAACAGUGCUAGAUGAAGAGGCUUAUUCAGAGGGUAUAGAAAAGAUCAUCAAGCGAGAUUUUUUCCCAGAUCUUUCAAAACUUGAAGCUCAGGCUGAGUACCUUGAAGCUCUAGAGAAAAAUGACAGAGUGAAGCUGAGAGAAAUUCACAUCAAAUAUGGACCUAAAAGAUCACGUCUUGUCACACCUGAUAUUUAUUCAACACCACUAACAUUUGAGACACCAGACAGUCAUUGUAAAGAGACUCCAAAGCCUGACAGUGAACAGACAGGGAAUGUGGCAGAACCAGGAUCUGCUCCCACAUUAGGCCCAGCUCACAACCCGGAGAAAAAGAAAGAUAAAGCAGCAUCAGAUCUCAGCCUAGAUAAAUACAUGAAUAAGGUUACCAGCGAAGACAAUGCAUCUUUUGAAGAGAUUUUGAAACUAAAUGAUGAGAAACACAGAAUAAAACAUGCCUGGCUCUUCAAAGAGGAGGCUGAACGAAAUGAAGAGAUGGCAGCCAGGUUAGCGCUACCAAGCAUUGAGGAGCAGGCAGCUAUAGAAGGCAGGCCAGUAGGCAAGGAGGUUGAAUCUUGGGGCUAUAAAAAUAUGAAUUCCAUUAUGUAUAUACCAGAUGGUGUGUCUGAAAGUGCCAAAGAAAAAAUUGAAAGACAGAAAAAGAAGCCCAGAGAAAUCAUUAAAUCUAACACAAGGUUUGAAAAAAAACCUUUUAACACAGCCCAAAGUGCAGAAGUGAUUACCCAGGCUGCCUCGGAGCGUGCUUCUGCCCUCCAGGGAAAAAUAGGGGUUGAUGGGAAGGAAAUCUUGCCUCAACAAUCCCCAAGGGUAAAUGGAUAUGGAUUUGUAGGGACACCAUCUCCUGCUCCUGGUGUGGAUGCUUCACCAUUUAUGACAUGGGGCGAGAUAGAGGGAUCUCCUUUCCGAUUGGAUGCAUCAGACACACCCAUUAACCUAACCCCAGGUCCAGUAUUUAAGAUUCCUAAUAUACCCAAGAGAGACCAAAUAGCUCUGGAUCUUGCAGAGAAGGCCAGCAAAGCACAUAGAGCUAAGAAACAGGCUGCCAUUAAGGAAGUCAAAUCUCACUUAUCAAGUCCUAGCCCAAAGUUCAGCUCAGCCCACUCUACAGACCGACUCAAGGGAAUGUCACCUGCUGCCCAGAGAUUAGCCACAAGUAGACUAGGAGUCAGAAUGAACACUGAUAAAUCACUGCGUGCAAGCUACACACCAUCCCCCAAUAGACUCACACCUUCAAGGGAAAAAACGCCCAGGGGUACCCCAUCAUUAACCCCCACUAGAAGCCCCAGUUCUAAGGCAUCUCCUCGGACAAAGGCCCCAAUAAAACGAACAGUGACACCUAUCACAGGAUCAGUGACUGAUAACUUACUACAGCUACCCAAGACUAAAAGAAUUAAAGCUUCAGAUUUUUUCUAGUUAAGUAAAAAAUGUGUAAUAUAAUGGGCUAGUAGAUGCCUUUUGUACCAAAAUAAGUGUUCCCUGUAAGUGUGUAUGAAGAAAAAGGAACUUUAAAUCACUUGGGACUUAUUUAUUUAAAUCACACGUUAAGUCACCUUUAUUUAGGGACAUUACAUGACAAUUUCCCUAUUGAUUGCAUAUUAAUGUUCAAUGAUUCCCCUUUAUAGUUGAGUUGACUAAAGUAACAUGUAAUCAUGCAGGUUAUCUAGUUUAAAAUUACAUCCAUAGCAUAAAGCAUAAUGAAAGCCCAAUCAUUUAUUUGGUUUUCAACAGUUGUGCUUAUAGGAAUGAUUCAAUUGAUUGUACACUAUAAAAGAUUUUGAGGUUUUAAAACCAUAGACUUUGGUAAUUUGUGAUUCAGGAAGUUAACUGUUCUAAUUUCUUUAAAAAAUAUACUGUAAACGUUGAUUUUAUGAAAAUAUCUAUCCAAACAUGUGUUGUAAUCAUAACACAAUGAGAUAACUUCCCUCGUUUAUUUUAUUUUAUAUACAUUGUAUUGUUAUGUGGGGAAAUAAAAAAUCAUCAAGGAUAUCCUUAAAGAAUAAUGAA